AAGUUGCAGAUCGACCUUAAUGUUAUGAAUCUCUGUUGGAGGUGAUGUUAUUUGUGGGAGAGAAGUUUUGAAGUCUUUGCAUGCCUUUCUAUACUCCAGAGAUACCAAAGAAGUAAUAAUAUAAACUUUUGAAGCCACUGGUUUAGGACUGAAGAGAAUGGCUGCAAGACUCAAUGAAACACCUGCACUCAUCGAACUCCAAAGUUUUCAAAGUUUAGAGAGAUCUCCUGGUGUCAAAAAAGGGGCGCGGAAAAGAGACGUGAGCUCUCAACAGGAAAACAGAGAGCCCAUUUCACCAUUGAGCCUCCAACUGCCACCACUGACAUCAUCUACACUGCAGCAAUCGAUGGAAUUCGGUGCAUCAUUGCUCACUUCUUUUCCAUCAAUCACCAGUGAGCUACACACUGCACCUAUAUCACCAGCCUCUAAAACCUCAACUCUACAGCAGCAACCAUCAACAGGGCAGCUCGAGCCUAGGGUAGUUCGACGAACAAGACUAGCAGAUUUGCUUGCUUCUCUUCGCAAUGCCACCGGAUUGAACGAAAACCUUAAAUCAUAUCUCGUUGAUGCAGAUAGACUUAUCUGCAGUGGGAAAACAGCUGAAGCAAUACCUUGUCUUGAAGAGGCUAUAAUCACUGCAAAGAAUAAUUCAAGACUGCAGUGCGUUUUAUGGCGCAUACUUGGUAAUGCUCAUCUGUCAUUGGGUCACCAUAAGAAGUCUUCAGUCUGUCACAUGCAUCAGUUGGCAUUCUGUCGUGAGCUGGAUGAUUUUACUGGAAUGACAAUGGCUGAAUGCAACCUGGGUAUAUCUUACUUAAAGCAAGGUCUUUUAAAGCUGGCAGAGAGAUGCUUUUUACAGUAUUUUGAGAACAGCAAGAUCCUUCAAGAUGAGAUGAGUGUGGCUUAUGCCUGCAGUAACCUUGGAGUCCUUGCUAAAUCAAUGGCACUCCAAGAGUAUACAACGACAGGCGGUAGAAACAGAUCGGAAAAGAUGAAAAACAAGAAAUUGAAUGAAAGAUUCAAGGAGCUCCUGCAGAAAGCCAUCUACUACUUUGAGCAGCAUUUGGAGAUAGUAGAAAGAUACUCAGACUUAGAAAAGCAGUCCUGUGUUUAUGGAAACUUGGCCUCGUGCUAUGAGCUGAUGCAUUCUCAUAGUGAAGCUAUAUUCUGUCACAAUAAAAGGCUUGAGAUAGCUCGUAGUACCAGCAACAGAGAAGUAGAAGUGAGAAUCUUGUGCAAUCUAGGAAACUGCCAGAGAGCUAUUGGAAAACUUGACGAGGCUUUAGAAAACUACUCAUUAGGUCUUGAGAUAUGUCAGACAAUAGAUGACAAAGCUUCAGAGAGUGUUAUACUGCUAAACCUUGGGGUUACCUGCGAACUGACAAAGCAGUUUGAUAAAGCCAUUGAAUGGCACACGCUUUAUCUGAGUAUGAAUGUUGAAGCAAAAGACUUAGCUGGUCAAGCAAGAGCUUACAGUAUCCUAGCUGAGCUGUAUCGGCAAACAAGGCAGACGCUUAAAUCCCUUCACCACUACAAAAAGUUGGCCGAGGUCUUUCAGGCAAUGGGUGACCAUGAGUCACAUCAGAUGGCAAUGGUGUUUGUUUCCAAAGCCCAAAAGGCACUUGAAAAGGAAAGACUAGCAAAGAAAUAUCACAACAUUGAAACCCUCUCUUCGAGGGACUUUCCAACCUCAGCGCCGCCAAGUUUCAGAGGAUGGAGAUCAAGUGGGAAGCGAACCAAGCUAGGCUCCUGGUCUGGACUCAAACGAUGGAACAACGGAAGUUUAGAAAGACCAGCAACAAUAUCCUGGAGUCAUAACUUAGUCCUAGAGAACAAGCAUGCAUCAAAGAAACCUCUACAGCUAAGACGCUCAAAUCUCUAUCGUACAAAAGGUAUCUUGGACAGACUCAACUCUCAAGACUCUAGCGAUCUCAAUGGGAUUUUAAAAACAACGAGACCAUCGUUUUAUACGCUAGGGGAGUUCAUGGAGCCGGUUCAUCACAGACUUACGUCAGACGAUGAGGAAGGGAGCGUCACUGAGUACGAGGACAUUGAGGACACUCCUUACAUGAGGGACCGGAAUCAUCCUGUCUUUGGGAGUGCAAGGCAUUUGAAAAACCUCAGAAAAGUUGGUAAGACACUUUUAAGUCCACGGAGUCAGUCUACUGGCCCUCCUGAUGAGAACCCAGAAGAUGAAUGGUUAAAAUGGCUGCAGCUGCAUGAUGUUGGGCCAGGAGGAAAGCCCGAGUUUCAGAAUCCUCACUUGCCUCUGUCUCAUUCCGAGUUGAGUUUGCCCCAACAAACAAAUAGGUCACCAUCGCAUCGUGAAGCUCCACCUCCUCCAUCUCCACCACCGCUGCCUCCUCGUCUCUCUGAUGAUGACCCACCGACACCACCAAGCGUACCCCCUCCUCCAUCACACCCUCCUCCUCCUCCUCCUCCCAUUUUACACCCUUCACCUUCUAAUCCUCCUCCUCCUCCUCCUCCCCCUCCACCACCACCACCUGUUAACAGGUUCCUUAAAGGUAAUAAAGCUAAGAAGACUCCACCUCCUCCAACCAAACCAAAGCCAAAACGUAACAAAAACAAGAAAGGGUUUGGUAGUAGAUUUGGGUCGUCUCCAUCUCCAUCAAAUGCAAAGAGCAAAGAAAAUUUGCUCGAAGAGACUGAAGAUUUCGUUCUCUCCAUCAGCAGGGAAAAUUUCCCAAGCAUGUCAGGGCAGAAUAAAUUUAGAGAAGGAGGAAAGAGAAGAGUACAAGAGUCUCCAAUGGCAUUCUCAAACCCAAUGGCAAUCGAGGAAGAAGUUGGAGUGAUGUUUCAUGAAAGCAACCUUAUAUGAAGAAGUGACAUAACAAAAAACCAUAAACAAACAUAUUUUUAUAAUUUUUUUUACCAAGAGUACACAUCAUGCAUAUAGACACAUCCAUACAGUGCAACUUUUGAAUGCAUGAAGUCUGCAUUUAUCAUACAUGGACUGUUACACUUAGAAUGUUUUUUAUAGUUUUUGCAGCAAUGUAUAGUGAUUUGGUUUUUAAGAAAUAUUUUUGUGGAAAAAUCAAA